AUGACUCUCAAAAAGGCGCCAAACAAGGAGGGCGCUACGCGGAAUUACAUAACGCGUAGCCAGGCGCUCAAGAAGCUCCAGGUGUCGCUCAAGGACUUCCAGCGGCUCUGCAUCCUGAAAGGCGUGUACCCGCGUGACGUCGCUAGAGGAGGCACGCUCACGAGCAAGGGCAUCAAUCGCAGGAAGCUCAAGAAGGACAAAAUCUAUUACCAUGUGAACGAUGUGCGGUACCUGGGAUCCGGCGACCUUCUCGCCAAGUUCCGUGACAUCAGCGCGCACCUCAAGCGACAUCGCAAACUGGUCACCCGAGGCGAACUGUACGACGCCAAGCUCGUCGAACGGAAGCGCCCGCGGUACUCGCUCGCAACCGUCGUCAAGGAACGCUGCCCAGCGCUCGUGAACGCAGUUGCCGACCUGGAUGAUGCGGUCUCUACCAUCGCAGCAGUGGCGGCGCUUCCGGCCAACAAAAAGAAGGGCAUCGAGCCCAAAGUUGUGGACAUGUGCCAGAUGCACCUGCAGCACUUUCUGAAAUAUGUCAGCGAAACGCGUUGUCUGAAGAAGACCUUCAUCUCAAUCAAGGGGUUCUACUUCCAGGCGGAAAUACUGGAGGAGACCGUGACGUGGAUUCUCCCCCACUGCUUCGCACAGGAGAUGCCUGAUGAAGUGGACUUCAAUGUAAUCGCAACUUUUGUGGAGUACUACAUCGAGCUCGUCAAACUGGUGAACUUCAAGCUGUACUCAAUGGCAGGGCUGUCGUACCCGCCGAAAGUGAAGCCUGAAUUCGCGCACAUCGGCAAUGAAUUCGUGUACAUGGAAUCAACAGGCGGCACGGCAGUCACGGAGGGGCUGUUCAAUGGGAUGCGAUUCAGCUUAUCCCCCGAGGUGCCCCUGGUGCCGACCUGCCUCGUGAUAUUGUCGGCAGGCGGCACGAUAACGGAGCUGGAGAACGCAACGCACGUUAUCGUUGAUAGGCCGGUUGCGGAUGUGGACCCAACGAAGGACUACGUGCAGCCGCAAUACGUGUUCGACUGUCUGAACUGUGGAAUCUUGUUGCCAGUCCAGCAAUACGCAAUAGGCGUGCCACUUCCGCACCAUCUGUCUCCGUUUGUGGAUGACUUGGCGGUGCCAGAUAGGCAACUUGAGUUGGAUAAACUCGUCAAGGAAGCGUCUCAGCGUUCCCUCACCAAUGAUGAUCCAGAUGACCUUAAAACUCAGCGGAUUAGGUUCCAAGAGGACAUCAAGAAGGAGACCACCAUGACGGAAGAAAUGAAACAAAUGUCUAAGGCGCUAAUGCCUAAGAAGACAAGACGCCUUCUCUCCAAAAUCGAGUUCGGCGAACGACGGAAGGCUGAGGCUGCCGAGAAGCUCAGACAGAAGAAGGAAGCAAUUAAACGUAAAACCAAAUAA